AUGAGGAGUUGCGGUGUGGAGGACCUGAAGAAGAUCUUCUCAGCGGAUUUUCUUCUUAUCACGUCCGCUAAGCAGCUCCAUAGGACGGUGAUCUCGCCGCUGUUCUUGUUCGGAUCGACGCUCUUUGUGCUGGGCCUCGUGUCGCUCCUCACCGGUCACAUUGUGUCGCAUCGCGAGUGGUACGCGCAACUAAGGAGGCCGUGGGGCUUCAAACAGGUGUGCUCUAGUCCAGGAAAUUGGAGCACCUUCUUAUUCCCGUAUUCGGCAUUCUAGGUCGCAUAGAUUGGAAUCUGACUCGAUGUUGUUCUUGGUUUGUGCUUGAGUUGGUGGGGGGAUUAUUCUUCGUCCCCGCUUCGGGAUUAUUUCAAACCCAUGCGGUGAUGAAUUUUCUUAGUUUCCCGGCGUGUUACUUUAGUACACUGGAACGAAUGUGCCUUCAUUCUUACUUCCACGGUCGUAUCAAUAUGUAAUGUUGGAUGCUCUUACAACUAUUCUUCCUUUAUAGAUGCUCUUACAACGGGUCCAAGAUGUAAAAACGACUGAAGUUGAAUCGUAUUUCACCAGUACCUCUUUACAUUGCAUGUGAUGACAUGAAGAAUUUAAGGACCAAAUCUCAUAGGAUUUCUCUGCAAUGACUACGCUUCAGGAGUCUGCAUUUAUGGCCUAGCAUACACAUUGUAAUGAGUAGUCGGAUCUCAUACACAUUGUUCUUUGACUAUUCAUUGUUGGAAGGUGCCAGCAGGGGAUUGCUUGAUGAACUGAAUCAAUUUAUUGGCAAUCUAUACCAAAUGCAGGGUCAUAUUCGCCUUGAAUCAAUUGACAUAUGGAAAUCAAAGUUCUCAGACGCCUACUAUGGCUGUAGUGAGAGAAGUCCUGAUUUUAAAGGUACGGCUCUAAUUUUCUUUCAUCACGACAGAAUUUAAUCAGAAAGUUUGGUGCUUACUUGUUUUGAUAACCAAACUACCCUAUGAAACAUCAUCACCUUCUUUACAGUAUUCUAGUAUGACCCGUUGCACUAUGGUGACUUGUUGACAGGAAAAGGACAUUUAAAAUUUUAAUGGUUCUUUCAGUACUCACUGAAAAUGUGAUCCCGAUCAUCAUUCAUGUCUGAAAAUGUGAUACUUUGAAAUUCUGAAUCGAUCAUUUUUAUAUUUUUCGCAUUGAUUUAUGCUGGACUAACUCACGAUGGUGUAUUCUUUUACUUCGAAAAUAGUAAAGCUGUUGCUUAUUAAGCCUGGCUUUGAAAUUUCAGGCGCAGUAAGUGAAAGGAAGUCCAAUGGUUACCUGCUGAUUGCGGCAAGCGGGGGAUUAAAUCAGCAAAGGAUAGGGGUGAGUACCAAUCUCUGCUGAUGUACCAUGUAAGAAAUUUGAAUUGUAGAAGUGUAAAGUCGUUAGCCCUGUGGUUGUUUGACAACUGUGUUGGCAACAUCUGUUGAGCCCUGCACUCUACCUUUCCUGUGAAGACUUUUUCAUACGGUGGGAACUCCUGCAGGCUUAUUUAUUGCCUUGCCCCAAGCAGCUGCAUGGGUAAAUUUCGACUUGUGGAAGCCAUGUAGUUCGAAGAAUGUUUAUGGAAAUUUUGUGUCCUAUUAUGAACAUUGGAGGAAUUUGGAAAUGAUUUUGAUUACUUAUCCUCAAUUGACCAUCAACUGGAAAACUUUAUACAUAAGUUUUUUGUCACAGAACAAUAUGACAGAUUGAUGUCUUCUGAUUUUAUGAUUCCAAGCAUCACAAACCAUAAUUUUUUUCGUGAAGACUUUAGUAGCAGAUACACAAUCUCUAGUAGUUUUUGGACGGUAAAGAAAAAGGGUUAUUCUUUCUUUGUACCGUCAAGGGUACAGUAUGUUCGUAUGAUAUCCUGCCAAAGUUGGUUUUUUUUCUUUUUAUUUUCUUCUUGUGGUGGAGGGGUGGGCAAGGAGGCUAAAAUAUUAUGUCAUAGUCUCGUGGAUACAUAAUUGAUCAUUUGAAGGUUCAGUUGUUUCUAUAUUUUUCAAUUUCGUCAAAUCCUGCUGAAGUGCGAAGUUAACCCUUGGUCUUUCUCUCUUUUGUCUCACGCACUUUUACUUUUAUUGAGAGUGUGUGUGACUGAAAGAAGCAGGUAUUCUAGAAUGGAACUUGGCAAGCCAUUUUAUUCCCUUGUCUUUGAUCAAUAUUGUCCUAAUUUCCAUGGAAAAAGAAGAAAAGGGUUUUUACUCUGAGUGUACUGGAGUUUUUUUUUUAAAAAAAAAAUUAGACUGCCGUGCUUUCAACAAUCGUGGCGUCUCUCUCGUGGGUCAAAAUUUAGGUAGUUUUUGAUAUUUUUUCUAACUAAGAGGUGAUUCUUGUGUUAAUAAGGACGUACGGAAUAUAGUCGCCAGUUCCUAGGCAUUUUUGGAAACCACUUAAAUUUACAAGGAAUGGGUUGUUUCCAUCAUAUUUUAUACGGGUUGUAUUAGUAAUGAAUAUUCUGGUUGUGAAAUUAUUUUGAGUUGUAUCGAUGAUAGUUGCCUGUUUGUAUCUCUUAAUUAGAGCAGGUUAUUCUAUAUAUGAAUCCUUGAAGUUUGUCAUGUUGUGCAUUGAUGUUCAGCAUUAUUUGAAUGUAUAUGGAUACAUACAUAUAUUUACAUAUAUAUAUAUGUAUAUGUAAAUACCUGUAUCACGUGAAAAUAAGCAAUUCGUGACUCGAUAACUUCUAAUGUGUUAGAAACCCUCUGUUUUCCUCAAAGGUCAACUGUAGUGCAACACGCUGUUGCUCUGGGACAAGUAAAAUUAAUUAUCGUCUGAUGAGCUUAAUCAGCACAUUAUGAUAUACUUGGAUUGUACAUCAUAAACCAAAUCUAUCCUCUAGGCUUGUGCUUAUCACUUUCAUAAAUGUGGAUGCCUUGGGAAUCAGUGAUACAACUUCAAAGGUAGCUUAAGUCAUUUUUUAUAUCAUUUUUAACUAGUCCAUCGUACAUAGAGGAAUCUGGAUUCAUUUACAUUUUAACCAAAUCUGAUUCUCUUCUUAUUUUCUGAGGUGCAGGUAACGGAUGCUGUUGUUGUUGCACGUAUCUUGAAUGCUACACUUGUUUUACCUGAUCUUGAUCACCAUUCGUUUUGGAAAGAUGAAAGGUAAUAACAGCCCUAAAUUAAAUGUUGGACUGAUCAUUGUGAAUGUAAUGAUUUCUAAUAUGUCUCCUUUGAAUACAGCGAUUUCGUUGACAUUUUUGAUGCCGACUGGUUUAUUUCCUCUCUUUCAAACGAUGUCAAAAUUGUAAAAAGAAUACCCGAUAAGGUCAUGAGAAGAAUGGAAAGGCCUCCGUACACCAUGCGUAUCCCAAGGAAAUCAGCUCCAGAAUACUAUCUUGAAUUUGUUCUGCCAAUAUUGCUAAGGAGGCGAGUAAGGAUUCUUCUGCGCCUUACCUAGUCUGAUUUCAUAUUUUUUCAUUACACUCCAUUCACAUUCAUUUUUGGAUGUUACGCUUAUCUUGGAUCGGUUUCUCAUGCCACUUUCUCUGUAAAUUGCUCAUUUCUAUAUAAAGAUCUAUCACGGUCUACUUUGUUUCCGUAGGAAAGGAGAAAUAAACUUCCAAACUGUUUUUGGGAAAUCGUAAACUCUGAUAAUUGCCUUCUUCUCCUAUUAUUUUGUCAUAUUUAUGUCUCUUUGAAUGCUGACUGUAAGUCCUUCAAUGAAUAAAAAUGAUCUCAAAGUCAUUCAUCUCUUUUUGAAUGGUACAAAAUCAAGGAAUAGUAAACUAGCACCAGAAAUCUUGCAUUUGCAUUUUCUGAAUAAACCCCUAAUGGGAGAAACGUUGAGUGCUCUAUAUGUUAGUCAUUUUUUAACCCAGAAUCCAAAUGGGGCCGGGGAUGGCCGUAGGGUUUUAUUAACUGUAUUUUCUUGGUAAACAACUGCAUAAAGUAAGACGAUUAUUCAUAGGUUUCAAAGUGUGGCAUACCUCACUUCCUGCAUUUAGAAACUUUGCCUGCCAAUGUUAUGAACGAUUCGUCCAAAUUAGCGGCGUGCUGGAAAACUUUAUCCACUGUGCUAUUGUCUUCUCUGAAUUAGUGGAAUGACAAAAGGUUUUGAUGGCCUUCGUUUAGGAUACAGAAAUAUUCCCCCAGCGUAAUAACAUCCGAGAAAUUUUUCAUCUUUCCUUAUUUUUCAUAACAGGAAAUGUGUAUUACACUGUACUUUUUCGAUCUUAACUGCUGCAAACAAACAAUAUGACAAUUUAAUGCAUAUUUUUCUUCAACAAAUGAUGUUCUGUUCAUGCUAUUGGUGUUAAACAUUUUCAGGCUGUGCAGUUGACGAAAUUUGAUUACCGGCUCGCUUACGAUAUUGACGAUGAACUACAGAAACUUCGUUGUCGUGUCAAUUAUCAUGCAUUAAGAUUUACAAAACCUAUACAAGAUCUUGGCGAAAAGGUUGUUAAGAGAAUGCAGGAGAUGGCUUCGCGCUUUGUUGCUGUUCAUUUGAGGUAAUUGGAUACAUGAUGUUUAAAUUGCCUGGUAGAAGGAUUGGAUACAUACAGAUUGCCUGGCUUCCAUGCCCGAAGGUUUACUAAUCAGAGUCGGGGACCAGGCUGUGCUCACUGCUUCUCUUAUCUUGGUUUUGUUCAGUUCAGGAACAGUCUCAUCCUGGAAAUUGCAGUGGGUUUGUACCACAUCUGUGUCCUUCUAUAAAUUAAUGUAGUUGGACUGAAACCAGUGAUGGGAUUGGUUGUUUGAGAGGUUGAUUUGAUUGGGAGACGCAAUAAUAGAAGUUCACUUUAUCAAGUUCUCUGUUCUUGGGGUCACCUUUUUCAGUCUACUUGUUCAAUUGAUGGUGACCGCUUUUGCAGAUUUGAGCCUGAUAUGCUAGCGUUUUCUGGAUGUUAUUACGGCGGUGGUGACAAGGAGAGGAAGGAACUUGGUGAAAUUAGGAAGCGCUGGGAGAAUUUACCUGUAAGAAAACAAUCCCUAAUUUUCUAGGGUUCCAGUAUCUGUUGUUCCAUUGCUGAUUAUGCAGGUCGUAGGUGAGAAUUAGUGUAUGGUCAUCCAUCGAAAUGCUAUUCUUUCGAGAUGGAUUGAAACUUAAACAUGAAGUUAAUGCAAGAAUAUCUCAAGUCCCAAUCUUCUCUCAGGAUUUGGAUGCCGAGGGAGAGCGCCGACGAGGAAAAUGCCCUCUCACACCUCAUGAAGUUGGAUUGAUGCUUAGAGCUCUUGGUUUUGGGAACGAUACCUACCUUUAUGUCGCAUCUGGAGAAAUAUACGGGGGCGUAAAUACCCUGAAGCCUCUUAGAGACCUUUUUCGGAACUUUUACACAAAGGAGAUGCUCGCAGAGAAGGAACUGAAGCCUUUUCUUCCCCACUCGUCUCGUCUAGCAGCAAUUGACUACAUCGUCUGCCACGAGAGUGAUGUUUUUGUGACCAACAACAAUGGAAACAUGGCCAAGAUUCUCGCAGGGCACAGGUAAACCCGUCACUCAAAAAGGGAAAAAAGUUUUUUUUUUUUUUUUUUUUUUUUAAUUUUCAUUUCUUUGGAACGGUUUCUCGAGCUGAUGUGCUCUAACGAAGUAUAGUUCUGCUUGCAUACGAAUAUUUGACUUAUUAGAGCUUUUUCUACUGAUCCGUAUUCCUGUAAAUCUGUUAUUCGUAGUAGCCCAUUGCCCAUUCAGCGUACGAAUGCGUCAUAUUUUGUUUCUUAAUACAGGACCAUUCUUAGUUUUGAUAAUGAACUGUUUCCCUGAAGAUCAAUAUGACUGCGUCCUAUGAUGUAAUCAUGGCGGUUUAUUUUCUGAUCAGUUUCAUCCGAGAGUACAAUUUUAUUAGACCAAGGACAAUAACGCUCUCAAAUUACCGGUCGUGGGAAUCAGGCUGAGGUUCUUGUGUCCUUUCGAGCAUCACACAGCGAUUCUCCUUUUCCUCUCUUUCUGCAGGCGCUAUGCGGGGCACAAGAGGACCAUCAGGCCGAACGCAAAGAAGCUGAGCUCCCUGUUCAAGGCCCGUAGCCAGAUGCACUGGGAGACCUUCGUGAGCAGAGUCAUGUCUGCCCAGCGAGGUUUCAUGGGGGAACCCGACGAGAUGAGGCCAGGCAGAGGCGACUUCCACGAGUUCCCAUACGCCUGCGUCUGCCCCAGACCAGUCGCCGACUUGGCCCCCUCCCAUCUCUUCCCCGGCGCAUAA